AUGGCAAGCCAGGAUUACAGGCAGUGCCAUGGCGACUGCACUUGGUCCUGUGGUCAUCGCUUUGGCUGCCCUCAAAAGCGACGGCAGCGACAGACCAACAGAUCUAGAAGAUUUGCACCAAUCUCGUUGGCAGGACUGACACUUGCUUUGUCCAGCACCUGGAGCUUCACAACCUUGGAGCGCUGGGACAGGGGAAGGAGUGUUGCCUUGGCUAGCAGUGCGCCAGGCAAAAGUGCACUUGGUGGACCCAUUGACGUAGUUCCACUACUACAAUCACUUGCGAAGGACGGUUCUGUAAACCUCAUCCAGAUAGGUGCAUGCGACGGCGACUUUGAGGCUGGCGACGCCUCCUCAAAUGAUCCUGUGCAAAGCUUCGUGGCACGAGAGCCGAAGGUCAUGGCAGUGCUUGUAGAAGCAAGUCCACCUACUUGCGCAGCACUUGCAAGCAAAGUGGUAAAAAUGAAUGCUGGCAACCGCAUCACAACUGUGAAUGCAGCAGUGGCCUCGUCUUCCGCGCGAGCGGUGCCUUUCUACAUAGUCUCUGAUCGAUUUAAGCAAGACUACCCACGGCAGGCUUUCCACUGGGCAAUGUGCCAGCUUAAUUCAAUGGACAAAGAGCAUGUGCUGAAGCAUCAUGAUUUUCUGGGUUUGUCUAGAGAACAGUUUCUUGACUAUAUAGAGGAGAUCAUGGUUUGCUGCAAGACGCCUGCCAUCCUGCUGGAGGAAGCUCACAUGAUGCCAAAAGAGGUUGAUGUUUUAGCAAUCGAUGCCGAGGGACUGGAUGAGCAGAUCUUGAAAAGCUUCUUGAAGCUUCCUGGCUUUGAUCCUUUGAUGAUCUUCUGUGAAGUCACGCACAUGGAUUCGUCAGACGUGUGCCAGCUCCACUCCAAACUGGAAGCGAGGGGAUAUGAGCUCGGCCAUGUUCAGACUGAGAUGGCAGCAGAUGGCCGAGGAGAUUUAGUCGCCUGGAAGCGCCACUUGAGCACAAAAAGGCUGAUGCAACUUCUUUGA